AUGCUUUUUCUUUUUUAAUUUAACUAGGCCUUGAAAAAUGAAACAGUCAUAAAUAAACUUAGUUAAAUCAAUUUGAAUUUCUGUGUCAACUUGGUUCACAAAUUGUUGUAUCUAACAUUCACUAAAAAAAAGUUCUCACUUGAAUUGAAUAAAAUAUUAUAAUUAAUAUAAGUAGGAUUAAAACUUAUGCAGUAAAUUUCUCCUGAGGAAUAACUAACUGAUCAACAGAUUAUUAAUAUGAUACAAUUUGGUAUGUUGAUUUAAUUUAACAUUAAUAAGAAAACUAGAUGGCUUAGAGUACUGCAAAUAUGUAAGCAUUUAGAUCUAAUUAAAUAAUUGUAUUCAAGAGUCUGCGUAAUGAGGCUGUUUUCAAAUUGAUGUUUUCCUUUAUUGAGCUUUUGCUAUUAUUUUUAGCCUUGGGUUUUUUGCCGGAACCCUGCUUGGAUACAUCUUUAAGAGAAUUUUUCAUUUUAGCUAUAAUAGUUAAUGCUUUGGUACUUUAAAAAUUCAAUAUAGUAAGCUUUUCAAAUGUUAUAUUUAUUAUUGAUAAUAUGGGAUGAUUUAGGAGAGAUAAACUCAAGUGAAACUGAGAAUCGAUUACCCUAUCCUGAAUACUCAUUUGCUAGCACUAAAUACUUAUCUGAUGCUAUAUCAGAUUAUCACAAUUGUUACAAGUUCAUUAAGUAUUUGACCAUAUUGUAUGAAUAUUGCUAAGACUUUGUAGAUUGGAUGUGGUGGUUUUUGUGUUCACGUAGGUGGAAUUGUACAAGAACUUGCAUGGAGCUUGCACAAUUGGGGAGUCGGAGUUUGACUUCACUUGGGGAGUGGCCUUCACUUAUUUGAUACUGAGGUAUAUCACAUUAGGGAUUCCCAUUUUAAUAUUUGUAAUAUACGUAGUGGUGUUACCUUUUGCUUAUUGUAUUAAUAUACAAAGUCUUUAAAAAAUUAAUAAAACUGGGGCAAGCCAAGAAAACCUAAAUAAGUUAAAGGUGGAGACGGUCGGAUUGGACAAGAUAAGUGAUGAUAACGAAUGUGUGAUUUGUCUGUCGGAAUUUAUUGAAGGGGAGGAGUUCGUACGAUUGGAUUGUCAUCCCUAUCAUGUUUAUCAUAAGGGUUGUAUAUCGGACUGGUUGAAGGCUCGAUUGGAAUGUCCGAAAUGUAGAUAACCUGUAAAAUUUGACUGA